ACAGACUUUCCAUCGUUGACGCACACGGCGCACGGUACAAAUUCAUUUAACGCGACUUUAACAAUAAAUAAACGCAUUAAAAAUGGCUUUCGGUGAUGUCAAGACCCCACAGGGCCUCAAGGAGUUGAACAACUUCCUGGCCGACAACAGCUACAUUAGCGGCUACACACCAAGCAAGGCCGAUUUGUCCGUGUUCGAUGCGUUGGGCAAGGCACCAGCUGGUGACUACGCACAUGUUGCACGCUGGUACCGUCACAUUGCCUCCUUCGAGGCUGGAGAGCGUUCCGCCUGGACCGGUGCUCCUCUGCCCCAAUUGGCCGGUGGCAAGCCCACAGUUGCCGCUGCAGCCAAGCCAGCCGAUGACGACGAUGAUGUCGAUCUGUUCGGCUCUGACGAUGAAGAGGAUGAGGAGGCCGAGCGUCUCAAGGCUGAACGCGUUGCUGCCUACGCUGCCAAGAAGUCAAAGAAACCCGCCCUGAUUGCCAAGUCCUCGGUGCUGCUGGAUGUGAAGCCAUGGGACGAUGAGACCGACAUGAAAGAGAUGGAGAAGCAUGUGCGCACCAUCGAGAUGGACGGUCUGCUGUGGGGUGCAUCCAAACUGGUCCCAGUUGGCUAUGGCAUCAACAAGCUGCAGAUUAUGUGCGUCAUUGAGGACGAGAAGGUCUCCAUUGAUCUGCUGCAGGAGAAGAUUGAGGAGUUCGAGGACUUUGUUCAGUCCGUCGAUAUUGCUGCCUUCAACAAGAUCUAAGCAUUUGUAACAACCAACAACUAUACAAGCAUUCUAAAUAAAACUCAAGCAACUAAUAUA